GCCUGCUUGAAACUUGAAAGGCGUGCCUCGACCUCCAGCGAUUGGGUACGGGGUUGCUAUUUCCAUUGCGGUACCGAAAUCGUUUCGGCUUUUCACUGGACAGUUACACGGAUUGAUCCGACACCCAUUGGUUGUGUGGCUUUGUCGUGUCCCGGGACUUUCACUCCCGCUGCGGUGAAAAAGAUCUCGACCGGUAUCUGCAGCCCCCGUGGGUUGAAUUGCUUCGCUGUUGCCGUCGUGGUCCACCUGUCCGCGUUGAAUCUACCUACGAUGUUGCAGCCGCGGCUGGCCCUGAGGGCUAUCCAGCUUCCUUUCCGAUGUCUGUCGUCGCUCUCGACUCGAUCAUACGCUACUGCCGUUCAUGAACCCGAACAGCCCCUGGCCGCCGAGUCCUCCAGCUUCGACCCCGGUUCUGCCUUUGCUUCACCCCCGGCUCGCAAUGACUCCGGCACGCUAGUGCGGACGUACAAGCCGCGUACUCCUGGUGUUCGACACCUGCGGCGGCCGGUCAACGACCACCUCUGGAAGGGUCGUCCAGAACACAAGUUGACUUUCCCCAAGAAGGGUCACGCCAAGGGUGGACGUAACAACACCGGUCGAGUCACUGUUAGGCACCAUGGUGGUGGCCACAAACGCCGGAUACGUAUGGUGGAUUUCUUUCGAGCUGCGCCGGGGCCUCACGUUGUCGAGAGAAUCGAACGGGACCCUGGCCGCAGUGCUCAUAUUGCGCUUGUGCGUAGCAAGGAGACCAAAAAGCUGGCCUAUAUCCUCGCCGCCGAUGGUAUGAGGGCUGGCGAUGUGGUGGAGAGUUAUAUGUCGGGUAUUCCCGAGGAGCUUUGGAUAAGCAUGGGUGGUACUGUCGACCCCGGUGUGCUCGCGGCCAGAACCGCCUGGAGAGGCAACUGUCUCCCGUUGCACAUGGUCCCUGUGGGAACAUUAAUCUUCAAUGUUGGACUUCACCCGGGCCAAGGUGGUCAGCUGUGCCGCAGCGCCGGUACUUUCGCAACCGUCAUUUCUAAGGGAACCGAGAUCCAACAAACCGACAGCAAGAGCACUGCAGACCAGGGUCUGAAUGAAACAGAGCCUGCAGAGGAGGAGAAGCCUCUGACACAGACCGAAAAGCAGAAGCUCGAGCGUGCUGCUCAGCAUGUCACGAUCCGCCUGCAAAGUGGGGAGGUUCGACUGAUUCACAAAGACUGCUGCGCAACGGUGGGUAUUGCCAGCAAUCCCAACUAUCAGUACACACAGCUCGGCAAGGCCGGACGGUCACGCUGGCUCAAUAUCCGUCCUACCGUCCGUGGUCUUGCUAUGAACGCGAUGGACCACCCUCACGGCGGUGGUAGAGGAAAGUCCAAGGGUAAUGUCGACCCGAAAAGUCCUUGGGGUCUGCCGGCCAAAUCCGGUUACAAGACCCGCCCCAAGUGGAAGGUCAACAACGCGGUUGUUGUUCCCAGACCCCGAAACCACGGCAAGCGUCGCAGAGGCAAGAAAUAAGCAAGUUGGGCGUUUGAUUUGCGACGGUAUAAUCUUCCCAUCAACAUGGAAGAUUCCUGUAACACAUACCACGAUAUGCCAACCGCUGGAAAAAUAUGCUUUCGGUGGCCUCUCUACCUUGUCAACUCCCUCUCAUAUACCGGUUUAGACUGUGCAGAGGACUGUCGGUCCACCUUUCUUGUACUAUACUUCAAUUACUGAAUAAUGGGCGCGUCUUUUCUUCCUUUCAUAGUCUUUAUCUGAGACCCUGUAUAUUUAGCCCCAUGCUUCCCUCCCUCUCUUGGUCUUGAAUAAAAAGACUGAGAGUCAAUGGAAUUGUCCUCUUAUCCUAUUGCUUUAAAACAGUGUAUAGACAAUAAAAGAGCGCUUUCUAAUCAUGCAAAUAUACACUGGAACUCAAGAAGCCUACGCAGAACCUAUCCCUGUCAAUGACGUGUUGCUAUUGCCGACCGCAAGGUCGAUAUAUGCCCUGAAUCUACCG